AUGGUACAGCGAGGACGGUACCCUCAGCUUUGCCGGGCGAAGGGCACGCCGGUCAAAUAUCGCGACCAGCGGGUGGAGUUGCAUUGUAUAUCUCUGCCCCUCUGCACCGUCUUCGAAGUUGGGGAAAUUACCCACGACCUCAAAAGCAUCGAAGCCUCAAUCCUGUACCUCACCCAGCCUAAAAAGUCUUCCCGAAACGAUUUAGGUUUUCCACAUAUCAUGGACGCAAGGAACCAGGAAUACCACAGGAAUACCCUCCACCUCCCACGUAUUCUCUGCUUACACGGUGGCGGGACCAACGCACGCAUUUUCAAGUCGCAAUGCCGUGUGGUCUCGCGCAUGCUAGAGCCCUACUUCCGAUUUGUCUAUGCUGAAGCGCCGUUCGAUUCAAUGCCGGGGCCGGACGUCGUCUCGGUUUACGCUGACUAUGGCCCGUUCAAGCGAUGGCUCCCGGAGCACGAUGAGGUCGAGGAUAGAGCGGGAAUUGAAGCUAUCAACAACUCGAUAAAGACCGCCAUGAUAGAGGACGAUAGAUCGGGUGCAACGGGUCCAUGGGUGGGAUUGCUGGGUUUCAGUCAAGGCGCGAAGCUGGCUGCAAGCUUGAUUUUCCGACAACAAGUCCGAGCCGAGAAACUGGGGCGGGCGAAAGCUGGGUCUGACUGGAAGUUCGCUGUGCUGAUGGCCGGGCGAGCACCGAUAGUGUCCCUUGAUCCGGAUGUUUUCAGGUCUUCUAUGUUGAGCAACCUGUCACAGACUGGUUUGUCGGGGCCUCCGGAGUUGGGGGAUAUCAUGGGAGAGGAACACGUCCUCAAACUACCCACCAUACAUGUCCAUGGGUUGGCAGAUCCAGGUCUUCAUUUACACCGUGAGCUCCUCGAGAACUACUGCAGCGUCGACAGCGCUCGGGUUGUGGAGUGGAAUGGCGCGCAUCGGGUGCCGCUAAAAAGUGCUGAUGUGAAUCCUCUCAUUGAGGAGAUUUUGGACCUAGCAAAGGAGAUUGGAGCGUUAUGA